GUGAUUAGCCCAGAAGAAAAAUGCCUAUCAUGAAAUGGUGGGCCAGGUGGGGAUCCACAUCAAAUUUGGGCCUGAAUUAAAGCCUAAUUACUAAUUAGUACAAACCAGGGACCCAAUUUCCCCCACCGAGUGCGACUUCCUUCUUCUUCUUCUUCUACCAAUAAAGUUCGUCUUCCCCAAAGAUCAAAUUCCCUCACUAGCUCUUUAGUCUUUUCCUUCAAUCACGCAGCCUUCACCGCAUUACGUGCUUACCUUCAGGCAACGCCCUCUUUCCUUUUCUUCUUCUGCUUCAUGGCACAAUUUCUUCCUACCACUCUCUCUCUCUUAUAAUUCUGUCUCUUUCCCUUCCCAUCCACAGUACCGUUUCGCUUUUCUUCCCGUCUCGGCUUUAUGUACCUCUACCAGCUGACUUCCUUCUUCUUCUUCUUCUCAAAACCAUUUAAGCCACCCGGACUGCGGAGCAUUGUUUCUCACUUGGCUGCUUAGUCAGACAACGCCGUCGUUAUCUAGCAUUAGGAAGCCAGAAGGGCAGCCACUCCGAACACGUCCUGCCUUCCCCCUCUUCUGCUGAUGGAGGAGCUGGGUUUUGCAGCGUAGAAGGGUUUCUCAUUUGGGAGAGAGGGUGAGGGUGAAUCAGGUUAGUCUCGUUGAUUCUUCACUGCCUAGAAUCCCCCAAUUGGCUCUGUUUUCUGGUUCUGCUCGUUGGGUGGGGAGUCAGGGGAGGGUUUUAGGUGAAAUCAAUCCCUUUUGGUGUACCAUUUUGAUCGAGGUGAAUCUGCGUGAGACUAAAUAGUAGUUUUCUCCAAUUCAUGGUUGUUGCGUUUCAUAUAGGAACCAAAACAAGGGGAAUUCCGGGGAAAUGAUUAUCUUCUGGCCUUUUUGGAUGUACUUAAAGAAUUGGGUGUCGAUCACUUUUAUGGGUUGUGAAUUAUAUUAAUACUUUGUUUGGGAAGGAGGAGUACAGUUGAAGAAUGCAGAUGGAGUUUACUUAUUUAGGUCUCUUAAGGAGGAGCAAAGUGCAGUUGUUGGGAGUGUUUGGUGUGAUUCUCUCCCUCUCUCUUCCUCCCUGUAAAUAUAUAUUUUCCCUUCUCUGAGCAGACUCAGAAGCCUGUCUAAUGGCUGAAAGUAGGGUAUGGAUUACAGAAUUAAAAUCUUAGUAUUUGCAGAAUCUUGAGCUCAAGAUUGUUGCUUUUGUCUCUUUUCUCUUGUUAUCUUGUCGUUAAAGGUUGUUUCUGUCUCCUGGCAUUUGAUUCUUUCAUGCUUUUUUGGAGUUUGAACGUUUGCAGUACAUACAUGAUGCAGCUCUCUAGUGGAGUGUUUCUAGUUAUUAUAUUAGCUAUUAUACUCCUCAGUUUCUUAUCCAUUUCAAGCUACUGGGGCUCCAGCAUUCUGCAGCAACUUUGGCUUAUCUGAGUUGUAGCUUAUGAUUCAAUGCUGAAUAAUGUUUUUGUCGUGAUCUUACUUCUCCAGUGAGACUUUUCGUUGCGGCUCUAGCAGGGAGAGGAAGGGCUUGGUUCAAGAAGUAGGUCUCUUCCAUGGUUACCAUGACCGCAUCUUCGGUCUCUCGAGAGGCGUCAAAUUAUGAUGAGGUCUCUAUGCAGCAGAGCUUGCUCUUCGCAGAUAGUCUCAAGGAUUUGAAGAAUUUAAGAACACAGCUGUACUCAGCUGCUGAGUACUUUGAGCUAUCUUACACGAAUGAUGACCAGAAGCAAAUAGUGGUGGAAACGUUGAAGGAUUAUGCUAUCAAAGCUCUGGUGAAUACAGUGGAUCAUUUGGGUUCAGUGACGUAUAAGGUUAAUGAUCUCUUGGAUGAAAAAGUAGACGAAGUUACUGGAACAGAGUUUAGAGUGUCCUGUCUUGAACAGAGAUUAAGGACUUGCCAAGAGUAUAUUGAUCAUGAAGGCAUCUCUCAACAGUCACUGGUGAUAAAUGCGCCAAAGUACCACAAGCGGUACAUUCUGCCAGUUGGGGAGGCAAUGCAAGGUUCCAUCCGCACUAAAGUAAAAUACCAAGGAUGCAGUCUUGACGAUGAAGAUGAUUGGCGCCAAUUUAGUAAUGCUGUUCGAGCUACCAUUAAGGAAACACCACCAGCUUCAGUAAGCAAAGCGAGCACACCAUCACCAUCUCCUCGAAUUCCUCAGCGAUCUUCAACCUUUUCCUUUACAGGCACAGCAUCAAAGAAAGAACAAGAUAAGCGAACGGUUUCACCACACCGUUUCCCUCUUCUGCGCUCUGGUUCUGUGUCAAGUAGACCAACAACACCAGGAGCAAGUAGACCUACUACUCCAAGUGCUGCUUCUGCAGCAAGACAACGGUAUCCAUCAGAGCCACGGAAAUCAUUGUCGAUGCGAGUCCCAGCCGAGAAAAACUCGAAAGACAUUGAACAAUACCCCAGCAAAAGCAAACGCAUCCUCAAGGCUUUGCUUAGCCGAAGGAAAUCGAAGAAAGAUGAGAUGCUUUAUACAUACUUGGACGAAUAUUGAUGGAAACAGAAAGAACACCAUUGAUAUAGGGUCAAAGGAUCAAAGGACUGCAACCUGCAACGUGGAGUAUUUUCUUUCUCCAGCUUCAAGUGUGACAGUGUCAAUGUCUGUCUUACAUCUUGUAGCCUUUUCUUUUUUCCUAUGUGAUAUAGAACCAUUCUUGCUCCUCUGCUAUAUACCGUCAAUGGUCUGCAAAUUAUCAGAGGUGCUUCAUGUAGUUCUGCAGAGGUUGAACUCUUGUUUCUAUAGUUCAUUCAAAUCAUCAAAUGUGCAUUUCUUGUUACAAACUGCCGCAGUUGCAGAGAUUGCACUCAUAACCCAAUUUCAACCGUUAUUAUUGGCCAUUCGCUCUUCCACAACACUCGCAUCUCUAAGCGGUUGGAUCCAAAUGGGGUUAACUGAAUCGACCUGUGAAUCAGAUUGGACAAGAUUGAAUAAUGUGCAAUUCAAUUUCAAUUCUAUCUGAAGUUAAAACACAUUUUCUCUAGCUCUGGUCAUAAGUGUUCCUUGAUGUUGGUCCGGUUCUAUCUCAAUUUGGUACGAUUUGGAUCGAACCGGGCUGCUGCAGACCUCUAAUCCUGACAAUACGAGGAGAAAGAACAAGGGAAGGAAUAUUCUGUGGAGGAAACCAACAAGAGCACUCACUCUUAUCUUCGCUGGCGGCAAAGCAGGGGAAAAGGGAAUAUUAACGGUACCCAGAAAGGAAUAUUACCAGCCCGAUUCCUCUGCCUCUUUAAACUACUUGCCUUCUUCACCGAAUGGUCUGACAACUAACUAAAGACAACUGCACUUCUUCUCCUACCCAAAUUCAAGAUUGCCGCCGCCGCCGCCGCCACUGCUUCUUCUCCUGCUACCAGCUUCGCCAGCCAUUCAUCUCCCUCUCAGCUUCGCCAGCCAUUCUUCUCCUGCAAAUGGUCAGUGCAGAGUAGAAAAUACAGAGAGUAGCCACCGUCCGCAGACGAAUUAGAAUUACUUCAGGCACGUUCCCUCUCUCUCUCUGCUCUUCUAUUGUCGGGUCUUAUUGUUGUGAUUGAAUUGAAGUGAAUUGUGGCGAUAUCAACAUUUUUCUUUCGCAAGGAAAAAACAGAGUAACAUAUAUUUCUUUCGUUGGAAACAAACAUGUUUCUUCAAU